AAUAAAUAAAAAUGCUAAAUAAAUAAAUAAAAAAUAAAUAAAAUGAAAGACAGAAAAAACUAGCUUGUUUCCAAUGUCCAACACAAAUGUCAUUUUUAAAUCCCAACCACCACAGAUAUUUAAAGUUUUCAGAUGCUUUUGUCUCAUUAAGUUGAAAUAUUGUGUAAUAUAUGAAGUGUUGUUCUCUGUUAUUUGUUGGUGUGUGUAUUUUGUGUGAUGAAUUAGUAGGUUUUAUGGUGCAUUGAAUCGUAUUAGUUCAAAUCUGAGAAACCAAGUAUGCUUUAAUUUGGAGAACCAUCUCUUGAGUAAGAAAACAAGAGCUUUGUGGCUUUCUAGAGGAGAGUCUGUGUGUAUGUGCCCCCUCCGCCUGGAUGCUCACAAAUACAUCCAUUCAGAGAGGAAGUCAAGUGUGGCUAAACAUGUGAUUGUUUCAGAAUCUGACACAAAGAGAGAGAAGCAUAUUUCAUAACUGCAGAACAUUUGAGAGGCUCUCUGCUGAAACAGAGUAAUAGGAUGAGCAUGAGUCACAUUUCCGGCAGAUCAAAUCUAUAUCAUAACCUAUAAUCUAUAGCUAAAUCAGUGUUUUCCUGUGCAAAAAAUGGUGUGAAGAUGCUAAGUGUUUUUGGUUUGUUGCUAAGGUGUUGCUAUGCAGUUGCUAAAGUGUUCUGAGUGAUUUCUAGCACAGAGUUGUGGUCACCAGGAUGUUGCUGUGUGGUUGCUAAGGUGUUCUAUGUGAUUUUUAGCACAGAGUUGUGGUUGCCAGGGUGUUGCUAUGCAUUUGCUAAGGUGUUCUGACGGAUUUUAGCACAGAGUUGUGGUUGCCAGGGUGUUGCUGUAGUUACCAAGGUGUUGCUGUGUGUUUGCUAAGGUGUUCUGAGUGAUCUUUACUACAGAGUUGUGGUCACCAGGGUGUUUCUAUGGUUGCCAGGGGGUUGCUGUGUGGUUGCUUAGGUAUUCUAAGUGAUUUUCAACACAGAGUUGUGGUUGCCAGGGUGUUGCUAUGCAUUUGCAAAGGUGUUCUGAGGGAUUUUUAGCACAAAGUUGUGGUCACUAGGUGUUGCUGUGGUUGCCAGGGUGUUGCUAUGUGCUUGCUAAGGUGUUCUGAGGGAUUUUUAGCACACAGUUGUGGUUGCCAGGGUGUUGCUAUGCAGUUGCUAAGGUGUUCUAAGUGAUUAUUAACACAGAGUUGUGGUUGUCAAGGCGUUGCUAUGUGGUUGUUGUUGUGUUCUGAGUCAUGAUAGGGAAGUUGUCAUAAUCAUGAGCAGCAUAUGUACAGGAAUAUCUACUUAUUUUAUCUACAUGAGGACUUCCUAACAGUGUUGUUGUUAACUAAAUCUAACAUUUUAAAAAAUUGUUAAUUGAAAUAAGGCUGAAAUAAAACAAAAUAUUAAAAAUAGAUGAAAAAAUUUUGUCUUGAACCCCCCAAAAAUAGCUAGGUCAGAUCGUAAUCACAUAAAAGUAGUAAAUGAAAGGCUGUGUACAACAUUAAAACAUAAAUCUCUGUUCUGCUCUGAAACAGGAAAUAAAACAAAGAAAACCAUUCAUGACAUAACCGAUAACCUUUACUGCAACCUUUUCGGCUUUCACUUCUAUGUGCACGUAAAUGUCCGUAAGUGUGAGAAUAAGGCAAGGUGGACGCUCACACAAACACACACACACACACAUACACACACAUAUCUGUCAUAGUCACAUUUGGACACACUGAUCGGACGUCUCAGCUGUCCUGCUCGGGUGUGGCUACUCUUAUAGCGAAGGCUAUCAGCCUGUUGAGCAUUUUGGGAAGUCAUGGACGCUAUUAAAGGGGAGACGCUGUUAAAAGUCCAGCAGUUACGGGAUCAGUUUGAUAACCUGGAAAAGCACACACAGUGGGGAAUCGACUUUGUGGAGAAAUACACCAAAUUUGUGAAGGAAAGGACUGAGAUCGAGCUUAACUAUGCAAGACAGAUCAGGAAUCUGUCCAAGAAAUACCAGCCUAAGAAGAAGGAGGAAGACGAGAAUAAGUACACAUGGUGCCGCGCAUUUCAUUCGACGCUAAACGAGCUGAACGAUUACGCCGGCCAGCAUGAGGUCAUCGCAGAGAAUAUGACGUCACAGAUCAUCGCCGACCUCACGCGAUACACACAGGAGAUCAAAACAGAGAGGAAAUCGCAUUUCCAUGAUGGACGGAAGGCACAGCAACAGAUCGAAGCCAGUUGGAAACAGCUGGAGUCGUGUAAGCGGAAGUUUGAGCGUGAUUGUAAAGAAGCUGAUCGAGCCCAGCAGUACUUCGAGAAGAUGGACGCAGACAUCAACGUGACGAAAGCAGACGUGGAGAAGGCACGGCAGCAGGCACAGAUGAGACACCAGAUGGCUUCUGACAGCAAGAAUGAAUAUUCCUCAUACCUGCAGAAGUUCAACCAGGAACAGAACGAACAUUAUUACACCAUCAUCCCUAAUAUUUUCCAGAAGAUCCAGGUGAUGGAGGAGAAGAGGAUAGAGCGAAUGGGCGAGUCGCUGAAAACGUUUGCGGAGGUCGACCGACAGAUUCUGCCCAUCAUCGGGAAAUGCCUGGAUGGAAUGACACAAGCGGCCGAGUCCAUUGAACCCAAGAAUGACUCCUCUCAGGUCAUAGAGUCGUACAAGUCUGGGUUCGAGCCUCCUGGCGAUGUGGAGUUUGAAGACUACGGUCAGGCGAUGAAGAGGACGGUGUCCGAGACCAGCCUCAAUAACUCGCGCUCGGACAACAAAGCCGAGCGUUCCAGCAAGGGCAAGAGCAAAACUCUAUGGCCUUUCAUUAAGAAAAACAAGCUUAUGUCCCUGUUAACAUCCCCCGUACCUCGCCAGCCCCCCGACCCUCCCUCACCUUCUGCUGUGACCCCUGACCCCUGCCCCACUCCCCAGACCCCAAACAGUCCAAGGAGCCCCUGCCACCGAUUCAACGACCUCAUGACCUCCAAGCCCAAAAUGCACUGCCUCAGGAGCCUCCGGCGAGGGCUCUCUCUAAAGCUGGGUUCGAAUCCUGAGGACUUCAGUCAUCUUCCUCCAGAGCAAAGAAGGAAGAAGCUUCAGGCGAAGAUUGACGACAUCAAUAAAGACAUACAGAAAGAGAUGGACCAGAGAGAUGCUUUGACUAAAAUGAAGGAAGUGUAUAUAAAGAACCCACAGAUGGGGGAUCCCAACAGCGUGGAUCCUCGGUUAGGAGAGAUCGCCCAAAACAUUGAGAAACUGCAAGCGGAGGCACAGAAAUUUGAGGGCUGGUUAGCGGAGGUCGAAGGAAGGAUGCCGGUGAAGAGUGACCCUCCACGGCGGACAAGCGUCCUAUACGAGACCCAGAACAGCACGCCACCCACCAACAACAACUGUGCACAGGAUAGAGAGAGUCCGGAUGGCAGUUAUACAGAGGAACCGAGUUCUGAGGUCCAGAGUAAACCAGAGGUCCAACCAGAACCAGCGGAGUCCGGAGAUGAAUUUGAUGACCCAGACGAAGAAAUGCUACCGACCAUCGGCACCUGCAAAGCCCUCUACCCGUUUGAAGGUCAUAAUGAAGGCACCAUCGCAGUAGCAGAGGGUGAGCUGUUGUAUGUAAUAGAGGAAGACAAAGGUGACGGAUGGACACGUGUUAGAAGAAACGAGGAAGAGGAGGGUUACGUCCCCACAUCCUACGUCGAGGUCUUUCUGGACUCCAACGCCAAAGAGCUGUUUUCCUGGAGAAGGGUUUAUCUUUCUGAGGAUUCGUAAAGUAUGGAAGGAGGACUCAGUGGUGCAGGGCAAACAGCAGCCACAUGUGGGGAAAACUACAGCCUACCCUCCAUGAACCGCCCUAGAGUGAGACAGAUGAGAGACAGACACAAAAUAAAGAGAGGAACAGUGAAAGAAGCGAGAGGAAGAGGCUAUAGAGACCUCUCGGCCUAAAUUCUCCUGCUGUAGAGAGGAACUUUAACAGCAAAUCAGAGAAAAAUAUUAUGACAUUUAGAUUUCUUACCUGUCUGUUAUUUUAUAAUGAGGUGAAUAUGAUCUACAUAUAUCAUUUUGCUUUACGGCUCUUCAUCGCUGCUGAACGGCGCUAACGUUUCUUUCAGCCUGGUGCGAAUGAGUGUGUGUAUGUAUGUCUUUAACAGCUUGAAACGGUCUUGCUUCCGAUUCCCUGACCUAUCCUGAACUGGGAACGUGGUCUGUAAAAGGAGCUGAAUUUGCGGUACCACAAUACUGCUGCGUUCCGUCCGUUUUCCUACUUGACAUCUACAUCUUGAUGCUCGGAAGAUGAUGUGCGCUAACGGUUUGGAAUGUUUUUUUGAAAGAAGUCUCACCGAGGCUGUUUUUAUUUGAUCAAACAUACAGUAAAAACAGUAAUAUUGUGAAAUAUUAUUGCAAAUUAAAAGAACUGUUUUCUAUUUUACUAUAUUUUAGCA